UUUACAUAAGGAAGACACUUCCUCUGAAUUACUACAUUGUUCUAAAAAGGACGAAAGCAAAGAAUAUGAAAGCAAAUGUGAUAAUGACGAGCUAUAUGAAGACAGUGCCUCAGACCAUAAAGACUUUGCUAUGAGAGAAAGUGUGUUGAUUGAAGAUAAUGCCAUUAAAUCAUUGAAAUGGACUAUUGUAAAGAAGGUUGAAGAAUUAGAAGUGAAAUUACAGGAAGAUCAGAAGGAGGAACUUGAAAAAAGGUCUGGACUGAAAGUGGAUGAACGUCCCGGGUACAGCAACAACAAUGAUUAUGAACUAAGAAAAGAUAUGAAAGAAGAACAACGAAAGGAAUUCGAACACUCUAGAAAUUAUGAGUCUAGAUUUAAGGAAGAUGAAAACCAAAGAAAAAAUGCGAGGAUUCUGAGAGCAGAAUUCAGGAUAAUAAAGAAGUUAAAAUAAUAAAUGUAGAACUAGACCAAUCUGAAUGCUGUAAUUCUGACUUUACUGAAAACUCAAAAGAGAAAGAAAAUGACAUUAAGAAAAAAGAAGCAAAACAUGAUUUAGAAUCACAGGAUGAAUUGGAUACGAAAGACACUUCUACAAAAGUGCUAUGUCACUUUAAAAUAGACAAAAGCAAAGAAGCUGAUAACAAAUGUGGAAACCACGAGGUAUAUGAAGACAGUGUGUCGGACCAUUAACACGUUACAAUCAACGAGAGAGUGGUGAUCGAAGAUAGAGACGUUAAAAUAUCUGAAACGACUACAUGUACUAUGAAAGCAGUUAAAGAAGCUAAAGUAAAAUUACCAGAAGAUCAGCUUGAGAAACUUGAUGAGAGGUCUGAACUGAAAGAGGAUGGAAAAGAAGACCGCCCCGAAUACAGCGAAAACGAAAACAAAAUUGAGAAACAUUCUAGAAAUUUUGAGUCUAGAUUAAAGGAAGAUGAAAAACCAGGCAAAAGUCACGAGGACUUCAAAAGCAAAUACGAUGGUCAUAAAGAAGUUAAUAUGAGAGAUAAACAACUAGACCAAUCUGAAUGCAGUAUACUUGACUUUGAAAAAAAUGAAAACUUCGCCACUAAGCAAUACGAGUCUGAAAACGAAGAAUGCAAAGAAGAUGAGAACCUAAUUAAAAACCACCAGGUAUAUGGAGACAUUGCGUUGGACCAAAAAGAAGAUGCUAUUGACAAGAGUGUGGUAAUUAAAGACAAUGACGUUAAAUUAUCUGAAGCGAAUACAUGUAUCAUGAAAGAAGGUGAAAAAACAGAAGUAAAAUUGCCAGACUAUCAGCAAGAGAAUCUUAAAGAACACGAGCCUGACCCGAAACAGGAUGUACAAGAAGAUCAGCCCGAGUACAGCGAAACCAAUAAUUACGAACUAACAAAAAAUAAGAAGGAAGAAAAACAAAAAGAACAUUCUAGAAAUUAUAGAUUUCAAGAACAUAUAGAAGUUAAAAUGAUAGAUGAACAACUAGACCAAGCUCAGUGCAGUAACUCUGACUUGAAAAACCUUGAUAACUCAGAAGACGAUGAAAAUAAAGUUGAGGAAGAUAAAUCAACAAGGAUACAUGAAGAUGAAUUUAAAUACGAUGAUACAGAAACUAGCACUUCCAAUAAGACAAAUUCUGAUAAAAGUAAUGAAAAAUAUUCUGAAGCUUAUACACUCGAGAAUCAACAACUCAAACAGCAUAGAUAUAAACCUGAUAGCAAUGAAAAACCACAAGGUGGAACUGCAUGUAUAGUCAGUGAUACUGAUGUAACUGAAGGUACAAGUUCCGAUAGCACUCACCAAAUAUUUAAGGACAAAAGAUCUGAUCUAGAUGAAGAUAAACGUCUGUAA